CAAAUCAAACGAAGCUUUACCACCACCAAAUCCUCCUCCGGUAGUCUCAUAAUAGUCUCCUUUUAUAAAGAGUACUUUUGACUCUCUUAUCACCUUUUAGCCAUCUUUGCAUCCACUACUUUCUCUCAGGUUUAAAGGUAGAAAGUCAGCUAUUUGCUUGGGAUCGAUUGAUUAGGUUCUGGCUUACUUAGGGUGAGUCUGAUUUUGAUACUCUUUUUGCACUAUAUAUGGUCGUGGACCAGCUUUAAGUGGAUUUUUUUUGAUUCAUGGACGGUUUCAAAGUCAAUAAUGAGACUGUUGUGCCUGGUUUUGAUCAGUCUCCAUACUUAGACAAUGGGCUCAAAUUCGACGACUCUAUAGAUCUUAGCUUCAUGGAUAUCCCUUUCCCUUCACCCGAAUCGUACCCUGAACCCGGUCCUGAUCCUGACCUCCGUAAAUUUGCUCCGUCGUCAAGUGCAACCUCUGAAUUGGAUUCCCCAGACGAUCAUGACCUUUCUGAUACAGUUCUCAAGUACCUAAACCAGAUACUCAUGGAGGAGAACAUGGAAGGGAAGCCCAGCAUGUUCCAUGAUCCUUUGGCUCUACAGGCUGCUGAGAAAUCUUUCUAUGAAGUCCUUGGUGAGAAGUACCCUCCUUCUCCUGACCAGCCCUCUCUUUACAUUGAACAAAAUGUUGAGAGCCCAAAUGAUCAUUUUUCUGGAAGUUCCAUUGACAACAAUACAAACAGCAGCAGCACUUGUUCUAGCAACUUUACUGAUCGUCAAUGGAAUGAUGAUUCCGUAGAGUUUAAAUCAUCUUCUUCUCUUAUCAGGAGCAAUCCCGUUGAGAAAUCUUUCCAGUCCACUUUACAGUCCAGUUCGGAUUGCUCAUUGAGCUCUACAGACAGCUUUAGCAAUGCUCUUACUGGGCCAUUGGAAUCUUUUGAAAUGGUUUCUAAUAUAUUUAGUGAUAGCCAGUCAAUCUUGUUGUUCAAGAGAGGGGCGGAGGAAGCUAGGAAGUUCCUUCCUAGUGGCAAUCAGUUUAUUAUUGAUUUGGAGAACUACGCAUUGCCUCCACAGUCAAAAGAAGUGGUUCCCGAGGUCCUAAUCAAGGUAGAGAAGGAUGAGAGGAGUUACUCACCUAAUAGUCCAAGAGGAAGGAAGAAUCAUUACCGGGAGGAUAGUGAUUUAGAGGAGGAGAGGAACAGCAAGCAGUCAGCGCUUUAUGUGGAGGAAUCUGAGUUAUCAGAGAUGUUUGAUAGGGUUUUACUCUCUACUGAGGUAAAGGGGGGACCUCCGCCCUGUGCUGUCAAGGAGGAAGUGCACGAUGGAGAAAGCAAGACCUUGCAGCAGAAGAAACAAUCAAAUGGUGGAAAGACUCGUGCCAAGAAACAGGGCAAUACCAAGGAAGUGGUGGAUUUGAGGACUCUUCUGGUUAACUGUGCACACUCUGUUGCUGCAGAUGAUCGUAGGACUGCAAAUGAACAGCUAAAGCAGAUAAGGCAGCACUGCUCUCCUUUUGGUGAUGGGUCUCAGAGAUUGGCACAUUUCUUUGCUAAUGGUCUCGAGGCACGCUUGUCUGGCACUGGAUCGCAGAUUUAUACUGCCCUAACUUCCAAGAGGCCAUCAGCUGCUCAUAUGUUGAAGGCAUACCAGCUUUAUAUUUCAGCCAGCCCAUUCAAGACAAUAGCCAUUCUUUUGGCUAAUCUUAAGAUUUUGGAAAUAGCUGAGAAAGCAACAAAGUUACAUAUCAUAGAUUUCGGUAUCCUAUAUGGUUUCCAGUGGCCCAUCCUCAUCCAACGUCUCUCAACCAGACCUAAUGGGCCUCCUAAACUUCGCAUUACAGGAAUAGAGUUUCCCCAACCUGGUUUUCGGCCAGCAGAACUAGUUGAGGAGACAGGGCGUCGCUUGGGAAAGUAUUGUGAGCGCUUUAAAGUUCCCUUUGAGUACAAUGCCAUAGCAAAAAAAUGGGAAACCAUCCAAAUUGAGGACUUCAAGAUUGACAGCGAUGAGGUGCUUGCUGUGACCGCUCUGUUCAAAUUUAAAAACCUGUUUGAUGAGACAGUUACGGUGGAUAGUCCAAGGGAUGCUGUUCUAAAAUUAAUCAGGACAAUAAAUCCAAAUAUUUUUGUCCAUGCUGUUGUUAAUGGAUCAUACAGUGCCCCCUUUUACGUCACUCGGUUCCGGGAGGCUCUAUACCACUACUCUGCAUUAUAUGAUAUGUUUGAUACCAACAUACCCCGUGAAGAUCCGGAGAGGUUGAUGUUUGAGAAAGAAUUCUUUGGACGUGAGAUUAUGAAUGUCGUAGCAUGUGAGGGCUUCGAGAGGGUUGAGAGGCCAGAGACAUACAAGCAAUGGCAAGUUCGUAAUUUGAGGGCUGGGUUCAGGCAGCUACCGUUGAACCAGGAAGUCAUGAAGAAAUUGAAGGCUAAGGUGAAGGCGGGAUGCCACAAAGAUUUUGUGAUAGAUGAAGAUGGCCACUGGAUGGUUCAGGGUUGGAAAGGGCGGAUUGUUUAUGCUAGCUCCUGCUGGGUACCUGCAUAGGAGUCUUGAAAGUGUUUGCCAGAAUUCAGAUACGAGAGUAAGGUUUCCAUAUGUGGGCGGCUUGCAAGAAUAUUUGAGUAGAAGCAAAAGUAUGAUCAUUGAAUCUUCAGGAUAAGUGGAGUCUAAGAAAAAGAAGGCACUGGCACUGGUCCUUCCUCAGGAGCUACGGAUUCCUUCCUGCCAACACUCACAGGUUCCAACUGCAAUCCUUGCUACAUUAGUCCGAGACUUGCUCUUUCUCGUAAAGAAGGGGAACUAGUGUUCCAGAGAGGAUUCUUUAACUGGGUUAUGCAAUGUUUCCCUGAGGUAAAUGCAUAUUACAAUUACGUUCAUAGUUUGAUGAUAUAAUGGAGUAUAUACUGGGGGAAUAUCAAAAGAUCACUAUUUAAAUAGUGAUAUGAAUUUUGGCCUGAAGAAUAUUUAGAAAAUAGGUAAUGUAUGUUAUUGUGCAUACAAUGGUUGUACUCUUGGUAGCUUUUGAUAUCAUAAAUUCUUCUUGCACUACUGCAUUUAUCUUAACACAUUGAGAAGAAUAGAUGAUUUAUGGUCUUGACAUGAACAUAGGCAAGGUCAAUUCAAGUGAGGAUCUUACUGAGACUGAUGAGUCUGUAUCAAUAUGUAAUAAGUAUCUACAUCAUAACCAAGUGUGUCAAGCACCGUCACAAAGGCAGAAUGAACAUGUAAUUGUAAUAUCUGGUUGCUUAGCCGGUUGGGGCACCACUUGGUGGUUCUUGGAUGACCCAAAACGGCGACACAGAUCUGAAACCGAAGGCAAUCUGGUAACACCAAUAAGUUCUUAUGAAUAAAAUUUCAGUAUCGUUGAAGUCUAGUCCCUGUCUAGGUUUUGCAACUCCCUCUCUUAGAAGUAGUUCAUGUUUGAGGUUCUGGACACAUAGGAUAAGCCAAAAGGGGUUGGUACUUGGUACAUUCUGCUCAUACUUUCUAUUACUGGUGUUUAGGUUAGACAGAUUUUUCUUGGUCAUAUGAAUAUUUGAUGACAGAGUAUAGAUGUGACUAGAGACCUAUACAUCCAUCAUGGACGGUAAACUAAGGCAAAUUUAAUCAAUCAUUGAAGAAAGGUGAAAGAAUAAACUUAAAAAUGUUUUUAUUAGGCACCUGUAUGUUCCUAGGAAACAGAUUGAUACCUAAACAAUCACUUGGCAGUCGAAUACAUUCAAUGUAUUGAUCCUAGUUGGGUACUGCCAAAUUAUUUGAAAAUUCAAUAACUAACAAAAAGGGAUGAUAAAGUCACAUGUAUUAUUAGCAUAUCAAAAACAUCAUCAUUGACUAAGAUCUUGGAGGUUGAAUGUGGUUAUGUGGACCAAGGUAUCAAUUUUCUUUUUGUUGUCUCACUAAUAAAUUUUAAGAUAAAGUUGGGGUAGGAGGUCCCAUGAGGAUCAUGGGAAUCCCUCUCUCUCUCUCUACAAUAUUUUCAGAGAACUUUUAAUAUGUUUAAAAUACCACUUCCACUGUAAUAGGUCCCAGACAAAUCUUACAAAUCACUUGGAUAUUGUGUUCUGUGGUGGAAUUUAUCUAGAAAUUACACUGUGUUACUUAAUUUAAACUUUUUAUUUUAUUUUAUUUUUUAACCAAAGUAAAUCAUACUUAUUCCAAUCCCACUUACUCUUUCUUGUCUAGGUCUAGAGUUAUGAGAGCUUAAUAAGAAAAAAAGAUCAAAAUUUACGAGUCUCAUUCUUUACAAACUUAUGAAGUCAUAGCUACUUAUCAUAGCUAUGCUUAUAUAGAUGCUCCAUAAAAUAUAAAUUUUUAUGUAGGUAUUUAUGCAAUUUAAUUUAAUACUACGAGCUAACUAUUGCGUAGGUGUUUAUACAAUUUAAUUGCAAUUUCUUAUGAUUCAAUUUUUUUUAGCUCUUAUUGUGUAGGUGGUUAUAAAAAUGGUGUAGGUUGACAACCCAAUGGGUAUAUCAUAGUUUUUUUUUUUUUCUUCCCCAAGGCAAGAAAGAAGAUCUCAUUGAUUAAAAAAAAAAAAAAAAAUUACACAUGGUUACAGUCCAUAAUUGCUG